UCCCGGGUUCAGACGAAGCCUACAGCGCUGGGGGACGGCUUCCAGCGAGGGGUUUCACUUUCGUUUCUGAGAAACGGGGCAGCUGUGGGGGAAGGAGGAGUCAGCUGGUUCUAUAAGAACCAGAAGUGUUUCCUCGCACUCAUUUGCACACACGGGAACUGUCGGCUGAGGAUCGCAGCCGGCGGCCCCGCUGGUCACCUCCUGCCGGACGCACCGCUGGUCACCUCCUGCCGGACGCUGCUCUCUGAUGUCAGUGUGGUGGUUAGAGAUGGGAGAGAGUCUGGGGCCUCUCUCCUCUGUAGGAUGGUAGCCGACAGCACAGUGGAAGGCCACGACAAGACGUCAAGCUCGUCGACCUCAUCGCCACCUCGCACGGAGCCGGGGCAGCUUCGGCGUCAGGCCAACCCCGGCCCCAGCUUGACCUCCGCGCCGGCCCGCGCUGCGUACCUCACCCACUUCCGCACUUUCUCCUCCAAAGAAGACUGCGGCAUCAUCACCGACACGGCGGCCAAGCUCGAGGGCAGCGGCUUCUACUGGGGCCCCCUGGAAGUGGAGGAGGCCCACCGCAUGCUGCAGGACGCGCCGCUGGGCAGCUUCCUCAUCCGCGACAGCCGGCAGAAGGACGUCUUCUUCACCCUGUCCUACCACGCCAAGAGCGGGCCGGUCAGCGUGCGCAUCGACUACAAGAAGCAAAAGUUCUCACUGGCCGGCAACGAGCGCUCCUUCCCGACCCUCUUCGCCCUUUUGGAGCAUUACAUCAACUCGCCCAAGAAGAGCCUGAGCAUCCCCUAUCGGAAAUGGAGGCCCACGCUGCAGGAGCUGUGCCGGAGGCGCGUCAUGGGGCUGUGCGGGGGGAAGAGCCAGGUCUCGGCUCUGCCGGUCACCCACGUCGUCCAAAACUUCCUCCUGGAGUUCCCUUACAAACUGUGACCAGCCUGGCCUGGAAGAUAGCGACUGUGUUCUCUCUCGUUUCAAGAUGGCCGCUUUGGCCAAGCGGGGGCAGACUGGACAGACGGAUGCGGGCGGGCCCCGGCCGGUUUGGCCAGAACAUAGCACCACCCGUUACCUCUAGAGACUCGGCGCCCAGCCUCACGUGGACAUGGCAUCCUCGGGCCCUAACAAAGUACAAAACGUGGGAGAGGGCUGCAUUAAAAGGAAACUACACUCACUGUGGAGCUAUUGCGUCCCCGAGGGAACUGGUGGGAGCAUUCUGGGCCACGGCUGUCCCGACAGGCCAAAGGACGUUAAAAGAUUGGACUAACAGAUUAGAGCCGUGGUGGAGGGGACGAUGGAAGCCAGAUCCGGUUUUGUAGCAGAUUUUAAUACUCUAAUGCUUUAUGUUUACAUCCCACCUGAAUGUUUAUUUUCCUAUGUGUGAGCGCGCAUUCUAAAAAAAGGCCAAUGCAAUGUUCCAGGGGAAUGUCAGAAUUCCCUGGAGGCAUCCACUCCCACAUCGGCUGGUACUGUACUGUAUGCCGAGGCAUUUCACCUCGUAUUCAACCGUUUCUGCUAAGCAGAUAUGUUCAUACUUAUUAAAUUGUGAUUUUUCUUUUUGUUUUUUCUAUCGUAUUUUGAAUAAAAUCUAUUUAAAUUUA